AUGCACUUUAAUGCUGAAGCUGCUUCACAAAAUAAAAAGUCAAUACAAUGCUACAUUUGUCUCCAAUACAAUCAUGUAGCCAAGUACUGCAAAACAAAACAGCAAAUAUGUGCUAAAUACGGUGAUAACCAUAGUAUCGAGCAAUGCACAGCUGUAAAUGGUGCAGUUAAAUGCAAUAACUGUAAAGGUAAACAUUUGGCAACUGCUAAUGAUUGUCCUAACCUUUUAGAACAAGAAAAGCGAAUGUUGAAUUUAAUUAAUCAAUAUUCGUCUACAAGCAGUCCAACAGUCACAACACCGUUACUACAUGAUAGCAAUGAAUUUCCUUCAUUACCAAACAUGUAUCAACGUCAACAAGGUUUUAUCGAAUGUGUCGACGAUGAUAGUACAACAUUUGAAAAAAAUGAAUAUGAAGCCAAAUUAGAUUGGAUAUUAGGAAGUCAACCACUCCUAUCAUUCAUAACAAAUGUUGAAACACACCCAACCAUCGGCUCAAUAAAUGGACAUAAACCAUUAAAAUUCGAUAUCCAAAUUGGAGCUGAACCAAAACCAACUUCUCCAAGAUUAUCACUUAAUUUUAAAGAAGCAAAAUGGGCAAAGUUCAGAUCCAAAUUAGAUCGACAACUAAUACUAUGGAAUAACGAUCUUAGUCUAAAUUCACCUUUAGACAUAGAAGAUUAUUCAAUGUUUAUUACCGAUAGUAUUAUGUUAGCAACUAAAGAAGCCAUUCCAACAUCUACACCAACGAGCAAAAGUUAUGCAUUAAGUGAAGCAUCCAAGAGCUUGAUCACACUGAGGCAUCAAGCAUAUCAAAGAUGGAAGAGGACCGGAGUCAAUAUAGACAAACGUCAAUAUUACAACUCCAAAAUCUUAUUAACCAACUCACUUAGAAAUGACAGAAUAGACAACAUUAACAAGUUAAUGUCAUCCCUAUGUCAUAAAAAAAUGUAUUCAGACAAGGUUUGGCUUACAGUUCGCAAGUUCCAUAGCAAAAGAAUUAAGCAAACUUUUACAUGCAACAACACGACAGCAUCAUCAGAUAAAGAAAAAGCAGAAUUAUUUGCGAAUUACUUCGAAAAUGAUGUCUACUCUUCCACUGAUGAUACACUGCCAUUUCAUGAUCAAGUAACAAGCCAAGCAAGCAACACCAAGAAGAAAAAUAUAACCUCUUUAAACACACCGAAGUGGAAGCAAAUUACAAUAGAAGAAGUAAAAUAUCAUAUUAAACGACUUCAAUUACUUAUUCAGCAUUUAACUAAGCUGUCCAAUCAAAUUCUGAAGCAAGGUCAUAUUCCAACGAAGUGGAAAACAGCUAACAUUAUACUUAUAAUGAAACCGAAGAAAGACAAGCAACAUCCGUCUAGUUAUCGACCGAUUAGUCUCCUUAGUUGUUUCGGCAAACUAUUGGAGAAAAUAAUCAAACAACGAUUAAUGCUUGAACUCGAACGAAGAAACAUCUUACCAGAACAUCAAGCCGGCUUUAGACCAGGAAAAAGCACAAUUUACAACAUCCUGCGAUUAGAACGAUACGCUCAGAAUCAACUUCGAAGUGCUCGAAGACACUCAGCGGUAAUUCUAUUCGAUAUCAAAGCUGCAAUUGAUUCAGUAUGGCAUAACGGUCUUAUAUAUUACAAAUUAAACGAUCUUAGACUUCCCAAGUACAUCAUCAACUACUUAACAUCAUUUCUUAAAGAUCGAACCGCAUCAAUCGAAAUCGAAAAUGUCCUAUCCAAACAAUUCAACUUAAAGAGCGGUACUCCACAAGGAUCUCCAUUAUCACCACUAUUAUAUAUUAUAUAUACUGCAGAUUCGAUGAAUGAAAUACCGACUCAUACAGAACAUUGA